ACAUCUGCCGGCGGGAUGCCCAGCACGUUGCAGAUGGUCUGAGUCAAUUGCGGGUGGGAAGUGCCCCCGAUAACAACGAUGUUCCGGACCAUAUUGGACUGUUCUUCAGACUUGAAAGGCUGUGGGAAGCUGGGAGGAUAGAGAGUCACAGGAGAGGAUGACCGAUUCGGAAGCGGGGACAAAGGAGGAAAAUCUGGUAAAACGGCGGAUCUGGAGGGGCGGGAGGAAUGGUGAGAUUAGCACGAUAAAAGACGAGCUUGGAGAUAGCAAAAGAAGAAUAAGUAAUCUCGUGGCGAGGACAGACAGGCAACUACCUCAUGGCGGGGAUUCAGGAACGGGGUCCAAGCGAAUGUAUGGGGAAGACAUUGAAACGGAGAGAUCGAAGUCGUGUGAGUCCGCCAUAGAGACGACCGAAAAAAAAAAUGCCUCUCCCGCGAGUGGAACCGGCGUUGCUGCAGCCUCGGGUGUCUGCCGUUAUGAGCCUCAGGCUGCAACUUGCCCUAUCGGGCUAGGAAUGUCUGGUCGCCAUCGACGCAUUCAACGGCCCCGCAGCCACACUAAAAAUGACCCGGACUUGUUCUCCAGCCUUGUCCUUCCUGGAACCUGGGGAUGCUCAAGUAAUAGUCGAUCGAGGGAAUGAAGGGGGUGAUGCACACCACCAUUCAAGCAGUCAACAUUUGGUAGGUCGAGAAACAACGCAGUCGUUAUUUUCCCUGUUUGCAAGAAAAUUGAAAGAUAGCAAAAAAAAGAAAAAAGAAUUCAACUUUAGCCUUGUCCGUUACAGAUGGCAGCUGGCGCAUUACACCAAGA